AUUUCAACUAAGUGGUAAUAAUAUGAAUUACAAUAAUCAUGAUGACCAGCAGCCGCUCAACGCUAGCAAUAAUCCGUAUCAAAAUCAACAUCAAUAUGGGCAUCCUGACCAAUACGCUCAGCAACCACAAUAUGAUCCCCAAUACUCUCCUCAGUACCAAGCUCAGCCAGCUCCUAAUCAAAUGCAUAUUCAGAACCAGAUCCAGCCAAACCACCAACAAAUGAACCAACCAAUGUAUCAGCCACCGACGAGCGACAUGAAGCCAAACACCCCUCCACAAAUGAGGGAGUACAUGGACGAAGACGAUAAAGAGUUCAUGAAGGAAAUUAGGAGAGGGUUCAUUAUUAAGGUGUACUCUAUCCUCGUCUUCUGCCUAGGCUUCACUGCCUUACUCUGUAUUGGACCUACGGUUAGCAAAAGUGUCCAGGAUUACCUGGAAAGCAACAUAUGGAUCUUGAUCACAGCAGCAAUUCUUUCCUUUGUUCCUCUUUGUAUCUUGAUGUACUUCAUCAAAGUUGCAAGAAGAGUGCCUCUUAACUACAUUCUCCUGCUAUCAUUCGUGUUUUUCCAAAGCAUCGUAGUUGCCUAUGCAUGCGCUUCAGUUGGUAAUGCAGAACUAGUGCUUAUUGCAGCUCUCAUGACUGGAGGACUCACUUUAAUAUUGACUAUUUUUGCAUGCACAACUAAAAUUGAUUUCACAUUGUGCUGGGGAGCAGUCUUUGUACUAGCAGGUACCCUCCUCCUGUUUGGUAUCUUCUCCUUGAUCUUCAGAAGCCAGGUGCUCAACAUUGUAUAUGUUUCACUAGGAAUCAUUGUAUACGGAUUUUACCUCCUGAUUGAUACACAAUUGGUUUGCGGAGGAAAGACAUGGCAAUUGUCUGAGGAAGACUACAUCAUUGGAGCCCUGAUUCUCUAUAUCGACAUCAUUGUGCUCUUUCUCAAAAUCUUAGCUUUGCUCUCAAAGAAUAGAUAAUUGUUGUAUUUAUAUAACUUUGUUUGAUACAACUUUAUAAUUCUGGAACCUGUUGCGAAUAU